AUGGCUCACCUGCUCGGCAGCCAGGCCUGCAUCGACAGCCUGCGCAAGGACCUCACUGACCUGCAGGGUGCCAUUGUAGACGUCUUCUCCCGUGCUGGCCCCGUGCGCUUUCCCUCCUGGAAGUUUCCUGACCGUGUGGCCUGUGACCUGGACAUGGUGGCCCUGCUGGAGCACUAUGACCACGUGCCAGGUGACCCUGAGUUCACACAGCUGUCUCAUGCUGUGCUGUUGGAGCUUGUCAUUGACAGGCUCCUGCUGCUGCUUCAGAGCUGUGCGAACUACUUGGAGAACCUCAGUUCGGAGCAGACAGUGCCCCCUGCCCGGGCUGUGGGGCCCUGCAUGUCCGUGGGACUCACUGUCCGGCGCUUCUGGAACAGCCUGCUGAAGCUGGGCAUGCUCUAUCAGCAGAUGCCCCCCAAGAAGAAGGCGAUCCAAGGGGAGACUCCCACCUCCAAGCCCACAGCCAAGGGCGAGCCAGCCAAGAGCCCUGAAUUCGUGACUGCCAAGUUCAUCAAGCCCCCCUCUUCAAUUCCAGGCUUGCCCCAGACCUGCCAAGAACCUGGCAGCCUCUCCGUCAGAGUAUCCCUGCAGUCUCCAGGCAGGACCACCGAGAGCACCAAGAGUGUCCACUGCCAGACCGUGGAGACUGCCCUGGUGCCCUGUGAUGCGUGCGCCAGUGUCCAGGGCAGCCUGCGGGAGGUGGGCAAGGUGGUCAUCAGCCUGUGUCAGAGCCAAAACUUGCCCUCGUCCCUAGGACAGUUCCAGCAGCUGGUGCAGGAUACCAUGGGGCUGAGGCCACUGCCCGCUGCCACUGUGGGCCACUGGGCGGCAGAACAGAGCAAAGACCUGACCCGCCUCAGUAAGCACGUGGGGACCCUCACUCAGCUUGUCGGGGCCCUCAAGGCCCAGCUGGAGGAGGCUGAGGGGCAGAAGGAUGGACUGAGGAAGGAGGUGGGCGAGCUGGAGCAGGCACUGCGGCAGGAGCAGGGGGAGCGGCGGCGGCAGGCAGACGAAGCCCAGCAGCGCCUGGUCAAGUGGGAGCGUGACAAGCAGCAACUGCUCACAGAAACAAGUGACCUCAAGAGGAAGGCGGCCGCCCUGGAGGGAGAGCUGAAGCAGCAGCAGGAGUCCAUGCAGGCCAUGGAGACAAAGGCCGAGCAGCUGCAGGAGGAGGCCAAGCACAGGGUGGAGGCCGAGAGGCAGGUUCAGCAGCUGGAGGAACAGGUACAGCUGCUGGCAGGGCGGCUGGAUGGGGCCAGCCAGCAGAUCCACUGGGCCAGCACAGAGCUGGACAAAGAGAAGGCCCGCGUCGACAGCAUGGUCCGCCACCAGGAGUCCCUGCAGGCCAAACAGCGAGCCCUGCUGCAGCAGCUGGACAGCCUGGACCAGGAGCGUGAAGAGCUUCGGGGCAGCCUGGACGAGGCCGAGGCCCAGCGGGCCCACGUGGAGGAGCAGCUGCAGAGCGUGCAGAGCGAGAGGGAGCAGGGGCAGUGCCAGCUCCAGGCCCAGCAGGAGCUGCUGCGGAGCCUGCAGGGGGAGAAGCAAGACCUGGAACAGGCGAUGAUGGAUCUGCAACUGACUGUCUCGGAGCUGGAACGGGAGCUUGUGGAGCUGAGGGAGCGGGAGCGGCUGCUGGUGGCCUUCCCAGACCUGCACAGGCCUGUCGAGGCCCAGAUCCAAACUGGGAGGGCUAGCAGUGUGCCUAUCCCUACAGGCUCUGGCAAUGUCACGGACGACAUGGAGAGGCAGGUGCAGGCCAACAACAUCCGCAUCCGGGUCCUGCAGGAGGAGAAUGGGCGGCUCCAGUCGACGCUGUCCAAAAUUCGGGAAGUAGCCCAUCAGGGGGGCCUCAAGCUGAUCCCACAGGACCAGCUCUGCACCCGGACCAGCCUGGGAAUCCAGGGGGCAGCACUUGCAGUCCAGGCCCAGAGAGUUUCCCCAGGGCCUCUGGGCAGGCAGCACCCACCUGGCAGCAGGUCUGCCAGUGCACGCAGGACCCCGCCGAGACAGCCCUGGGCGCAGUCCUGUGGCCAGCCCAGCAAAUCCUCCCUGGAAGAUGUGACCUACUCAACCGCCUGUGCCCAGAACCCCAUCCGGGUCUUGGCUAGGCUGAGGAGGAGACUGUCACCAACCCGAGGUCAGGCUGGCCCUGCACACCAGCCCCAGGAGCGGCCCAUGUAGCCUGCAGUGGGGUGGGGCUGGAGGG